ACUGCAGCGCUGGUCAUGACUGCAGCUCCGCGCUGAAAGCCGCCAGACGGGAGCAGACAGCGAGGAGCCGCCCCGGGACUCAGGAUGGCGAGGUGCUGGACGCGGUCGGAGGAGGAGGUGGAGGAGGAGCGGUGCGCGGACGGGGGCCCGUCCCACUUCCGACAACACAAGGCGUUCUGGGUCGGCCUCUCCGCCCUCCUGCUGCUGGUCGUCGUCGCUCUGGGACUGGUCGUCCCCCUCCGGCUGUCCCAGCCCCCCUCUCAGCUUUUGCAGGUUGUGAGGAUCUCGGCUCCGGAUCCGGCCGGAGCUCCGCUCAACCAGUCAGCGGUUGUGGACCAGCAGAACGACCUUGUGACCUUUUCUGUGACCUCUCCGGCAAAUCAGACGUCCACCGUGCUCUUUGACGUCAAACACGGUUGGAUUUGUUACAAGCCGGCCAAUCAGGAGAGCUGCUUCCUGCAGGAGAUGGAGCAGUCCGACUACGACAACGUGAACUCGCUCUUCCAGGACCCGUCGCUCCAGAGGCACUUCCAGCUCCCUGCGAACCGGACGCAGAGGCAGACGGAGUUCCUGGGAGUGCUGACCGGCGCUCGGGUGAACACCUCCUCGCUGGAGGAGCCCCUCAGGGCUCUGUGUCGGGGCGGGCCGGUCCACUGGACCCGCAAGGCCGACGGUCCCAGCAAACAGCGGCUGGUUUACUUCUGCAUCGACAUCUGCUUUCCCAGCAACAUCUGCGUCUCCGUGUGCUUCUACUACCUGCCCGAGUGACGCCGCUGCCUCCCUGCAAAGCUAAACUUUUCCCUUUUCUUCUGCUUCUCCUCCCCAAAAAUCCAUCAACCUUCCUGGUUCCCUGUCCAUCCUGAGAACCAGCUAGUCAAGCUGUCAACUUUCCUCCUCUCUGGUGACUUUUUGUACUCACAAUGUUAUGAUGUUUUGUCAAAUAAAAUGUACACUGUU